AUGGGCGUCAUCUCCUUGGCUGUUGUGAGCUAUCUGGGCUAUCAGAUCUACUGGUAAGUGGAGUGUAGGCUGCUGAGGAAAAUUUGGGCUACUGUAUCGCACUCUGGACACGUUUUUAUAUGGGUUACUGUAGUUUUUUGCGAAAUUUCGUGAUUUUGAAGGGUUAUUGCGAAAUUUUUGAUGAUUACUGUAUUUUCACGUCAGGAAACGGUAAUUUUUAGAAUUUUUAAGGCUUUUUAAUGAGUUGAGGAUCAUAAUCAAAGAGAUUAUCAACUUUCCCCCACCUUUUUUUGACAGAAAAUAGCUAAAAUACGCGGUUCUAGGGGGGAAAAUCGCCUUUUUUGACAAAAUAUAAAUUUUCAAGUGGGUUACUGUAAUUUUCGUAAAUUUUUUUCUUCCCUCUCGGCUCCAGGGUUCUUACAAAUCCUCUCUAUUCACUUUUGACCUCAUAAUUUUCCAUCUCUUUGAUGAAAAUGAUCGUUGAUUCGACCUCCCUUUCAUGAAAAUCAUCGUUUUUUCAGUGGUCCUGACGGUGCCGGUUUCUCCUUGGGUGGCGGCUCUGGCUCGGCUCAAGCCCCACCCGCUGCUGCUCCAGCUCCUGAGGCGGCACCACCUUCGGCAGCCGCUCCUCCACCAGCUCCGGAAGCCGCUGCUCCACCUCCAGCCGAAGCUCCUCCGGCCCCGGCUCCAGAAGCCGCCCCGGCCCCGGAAGGUGGCGCCUAG